UUGACGAACCGGUUUUCAUUCGCCGUCGUAUCAGCCCCAAAACUGGCCCUGUUUAUACCACAGUAGUCUGCGGAAGUCUAUAAGGAAGAAGGACGCGUCGCUGAGAACUUCAAGGUUAUUUCAAGAUGUUAUUCGGGCAGCGUUUUGUACGGAGGUACCUGUGGGCGGUAGUGAUAGUUGCUAUCCUGGCGGCCUGUGUCAUCUUUCUGCUGCUACCAAACGACAGAGAUCCACAGGGACCAAAGGUGACAGAGAAGGUGUGGUUUGACAUCACCAUCGGAGGUGAGCCGGCGGGCCGAGUCGAGAUCGGACUCUUCGGCAAGAUCGUCCCGAAAACAGUCCGGAAUUUCGCGACGCUGGCGAAGAGAGAGAAACCAGAAGGCUACAAGGGAUGUAUUUUCCACCGAGUCAUGAAGGGUUUCAUGAUCCAGGGAGGAGACUUCACACACGGGGACGGCACAGGCGGAUACAGCAUCUAUGGCGGCCAUUUCGAGGACGAGAACUUCGAGCUGCAGCAUUACGGAGCGGGCUGGCUGAGCAUGGCGAACGCUGGUCAGGACACAAACGGCUCCCAGUUCUUUAUCACCACCGUCAAAACCUCCUGGCUGGACGGCAAACACGUCGUCUUCGGAAAGGUCCUUAAAGGCAUGGAUGUCAUCAGGAAAAUAGAAGACCAGGAAACAUCCGACAAGAACAGACCAUUGAAGGAGGUCAAAAUCUCUGACGUAGGACAUGAAGAUGUGUGGAGUCCAUUCGUUGUGCUGCAGGAAGGAGCCAUGGAAUCUACCAUGUAGAGUAACACAUAAGGAUCACCAAGUAUCUUUGAAACUUGUUCUCAGUGUCCUAAGGCUCCUGUAAGACGCAUAGUGAGCCUUACCGUCCACAUGGGAAUGUAGAAGACGUAUGAAAUGUUGUACCAGCAAUUAUGCUGUCACUAGCACUGUCCGAUGGUUUGAUAUUCAUACUAGUACUGAAAGUGUUGUUUCCCUAAUCAUGAGGUUAUCCAAUCUUUGUUUCGUUGUGUUGUGUUGUGUGAAGUGUGUAAAUAAGCUAGCUGUUAUUGUUGGAAGUUUAAUCUUUGAGGUUUUGUAUUUUGUACGAUCAAAAUGGGAGUCCUUAUCCAAUGUAGUCGUACAUGGAACUGUAAGUUGUUGAUUCUAUGGCUCAUAGUAAUUCAAAUAGAUGGGAAUUAUGAUUUUACAUUGCAUGAAGACAUUAACAGUAGGCGCUGCCUUUAAGACAUGAACAAUAGAUGCUACUGUCGUUACAAGGACUCAAAACAUACAAGAGCCCUUGUAGCCAAAGAGUAACGGAAGGCCACAAGUCGUUAUGUGAUAUUUUUCUAGGUUUGAUUUUUUUUUUCAUUUUAUCAUCUCUUCCUGUACACAUUUUUGGCUUCUCGAGAAAUAAGCUGAUUUUCUGAAUAUUGCCACUCAAAGGUUGUUGUUUGUUGCUCUGUGUUGUCUCCUCACAAAACGUCGUGCGAAAUGGUAGAUGAAGUCUCUAAUAAUCGUCUGAAUAAUCGUCUGAAUAAUCGUCGCAAUGAAAGGUGGCUGCUGGGGAAAGUGAAAAAAGCGAGAAAUCGCCCAUGUACAAAUACCUCAAUGCAUGAACUUAAGUUGUCAAAUUGUGUCUCAUUUGAUAUAUCAUAUUGAUGUUAUCUUCCUUACACCAUAGUGUGCCAUUUUACCACUGUCCUAUUGCCUUAUUAAUCACAGGACAUACACAUUGAAUUUGUACGAAAAUACGUUGAUUUAUUUGCCGCGUUUAGUGAAAGUUGGUUGUGACAGAAUAAAAAAGAGCAGUACCUUUUAUGGUUAACAGACGUGCUUAUCGUACUACAGUCAGAAAUAACAAAUGCUCAACACGUGUACUGAUGGCAGUACUACUGUGAUACAGUUUCAAUGUGUGCUCUACGUGACUCUGUUUCAGUAAUGUGAUCUCUCCUAGUGAUAAAAUACCUCAACAAGGCAAGCAAAGCGUCCAUUACUUUUGUUGCAAUAGAGAUUGAUGCAACACUUUAGAUACAUGAUGUUUUGUUUUCUUACGUUAAGAUUCGUUACGAAUCACUUGUGUUACUCAUUGAAAUCCCUUGGAUAUGAAACAGAAGAAUAGCCUACGAAAAUUGGUCAAUUCAAGAGCCAGAUAUGUACAGACAAAAAUUUACAACAAUUGCUUAUUUUUCAUGACAGAUUCGGGAUGAAAACGAGCAAUAAAUAAACAUUGGAUUCGAAAAUGUU